AUGAAAGCUCCUCCUCAUUUCCAUGAGAUAGGGUCACCCCUGGUGAACUGGCGUCAGCUGCCCUGCUUUGAUGUGGCAGCCGUGGUAACAGAGAAAUGGACAGGGCCCCAAGGGCAGAUAGACUCACUACACCAGGGGAAGCUGAAGGAAACUGACCUGCUACUGUUUGUGUGUGUGUGUGUGUGUGUGUGUGUGUCUGUGUGUGUGUGUGUGUGUGUGUGUGUGUGUGUGUGUGUGUGUGUGUGUGUGUGUGUGUGUGUGUGUGUGUGUGUGUGUGUGUGUGUGUGUGUGUGUGUGUGUGUGUGUGUGUGUGUGUGUGUGUGUGUGUGUGAUGUAAGAAGGGGAACAUUCCCUACAGAGCCCCUACAAGCAUUGCUCCACCAGGUCAUAAAGCAGUAUGUUAGAAAUGUUCAUCUCAUUAGCCGGCUCUGAGGCCUGGACCUGGACUUCUAAUUAGCAUGGACUGAAGUCCUACAUUACUAGUCCUAUGUUAUGUACAUGUUGUUAUUUACAUGUUAUGUUAUGUACUGAGGUGUUAUACAUGCUAUUACACCCCCUAUUGUUUUAGAGUGUUUGAUAUGUCAUUUGUGAGCACUAUUAGUAAUUAUUAUUCCUAUUAGUAGCGCAUUUGUAAACAGUGAACAGCAUGGACAGAGGGACUAGACUACAGUAAUCUACUCUUAAGGGACGUCACAUUACUGUGAUGACACUAAUUAGAAAAUAAUUUCGUUAUCAGUCUCUGUGGGGUCAGACACUAACCUGGUGGCCCAUAUUUAUUUCUCUCUUUGUCUUCUCUCGCUCUCUUUCUCUCUUUCUUACUUUCUUUCUUUCUUUCUCUUUCUCCGUUUUUUUUCUGUGAGCAUUCCGUAAUCAGGUCUGUGUUUCUGCUGGUAGAUGUGAUAAAAACUAUUUCAGGAACGCGCUUCCCUAAUCCACACCCGUAAGCUGGGCAUGUUUCCGUGGCAACUCCAAGUGACUAAAAGUGUCUACUGGAGGAAGCUUUCCGGAACAGUCAUGACUCCUCCUGGGUAUUUAAACCCUUUCUUCCCUCCCCGAGCAUUGUCAUCUGCAGACUCCAGACUGGUCAAAAGGAGUGCACUAUGUAGGGAAUGGGGUUCCAUUUGGGACCCAGAUUGGCUUGAAGUACAUUACAGAGUAGAGUCUGUGGGGGUUGGGGUUGGGGUUGAAGGGGCAACAGGUAGCAAGGUAAUUGUUUAUCUGGCAGUCGGUUGAGUUCAUAAAAGGGCACUUCACAGAAGUACCAUUGUGCCACAUGAAAAGAAAGCCUGUGAAGUGUGGCGCUGGGAUGACAGACGAGCGUCAUUGGCGUGGAGUCUCUCUCUCUUUCUCCUUCUCACUCUGUCUCUCUCUCUGUCCCUCUUUCUCUCUCCCUCUCUCUCCUCUCUCCCCUGCUCUCUCUCUCUCCCCCCUUCUCUCUCUCUCUGUCUCUUUGUCUCUCUCCCUCAGUGAUUUGUAGUGUGGCCAUCAGAGCUUUGACAGCUGGUAAUGGAUGUCUCCUGGCAACGGACACACUCCCACACUGCUUAGCGGUGGCGUGCGAGUCCCUCAGCCUCCGCUCGAUGCUGUUCCCUUUUCUUCCUGUGUGGGAAGGGGAGGGUGGGGUGGGGUAGGGUGACAGACUGUGACCAUGUUUAGUUCACUCUGUUUGUGAGUUUGUCUGUGUUUACUUCACUGUGGGUGUGACGUGCGUGUGACACUGUAUGACACUAAUGUAUACACUGUUUCAGUGACUUGAUGUGAAUCUGGUCCAACCCAAACUGGACCAUUUUGUCUGUUAUAAGUCAAGUUUUAUUUGUAGUGCAUUUCACAUCUCAAUACACUUUACAAAAAAUAUGAGCUCUUCCUGAAUGUGUGGUCCCCUAUGGUGAAGUCCUAUAGGUGUCCUUUGACCCCUGGGUGGUCUGAUUUAACCCCAUCAUCUCAUUGUGUCUGCUUGAGAUUAGCUGGCUGUAACACUAGGUUAAUACCUAGAAGAGGGCUUCUGACUGUCCUGCAAUAUACCGUAUACAUAAUAUACACUGUAUUGUACUGCACCCUGUACAGUAUCUCUUCUGGUUUGAUAUGCUUUAUUCUAUCCAGCAUUACCAGUAGUUCCUGGUAAUAAGUUAGUGAAGAUAGUAGUCCCCUGUAACUCAGUUGGUAGAGCAUGGUGCUUACAACACCAGGGUUGUGGGUUCGUUUCCCACAGGGGGCCAGUUUGAAAAUGUAUGCACUCACUAACUGUAAGUCGCUCUGGAUAAGAGCGUCUGCUAAAUGACUAAAAUGUAAAUGUAAGAUAAAGUUUCAAAUGAGUGGUAGUUGGAGUACGUACCAGUCCUGAUCUUUAAGAAUACAUUUUUUUUUUACGAUUUAAAAUUGUGGCCAUUGUGGCAGUUUUGUCAAUGUUGCAGUGCUGAGAGAGAAGUGAUCAUUGCUUUAACUUACCAUCCGAUACACUUACCCCUCCCUCUGUUUCCACUCUGUUGCCUUGGAUAUCAUGGUGUCCAUUGUAUGGAUGUAUAGAUGAUUUACUAUUUAUGUUUUUAGAAAGUAUUGUAUAGUGCGUAGUCGUCUGUUGAUUUUACAUCCAGUUUCAUCUUUGGUAUCAGUUUGUUGUUGAUUUGACAUCCAGUCUAGUCUCAACUGUUCUCAACAGUUCUCAACUGUUCUCACCUCUCACAACAGCUUUUUAAAGCUCAUGACUUAGAGCAGGGUUUCUUCAACUUUUUCAGCCUGGAACCCAAAUGAGAAAUUCAGUGUUCAGUAAUUUCAAAUGUUGCCAUUUUGCGUAGAGAAAAUGUAGCGGUUUUACAGGAAGUUUUCUGCAAUUCUACAAAUCAUGCCAUGGGGCGGAGAGAACAUUUAGCAUUUUAUAACACAUUUCAUGCAAUUCUGCUCAUUUUGCAAUGGGACAGAGAGAAAAACAUUUCAGUUUUACAGCUAAUUUCCUGCAAUUCUAUCCACUUUGGAUCGCGACCCCUACUUUAAGAAAGGCUAACUUAGAGGGUGUAAAAUCAAGUGGCGUUUAACCGACACCUCAGAGCUACCAAUGGGCCUGACUGAGAGAAAGGUAUGUGUUGGAUGGAGAAUAGCUGGAAGUAGUGGGCUACUGCCUAUUGUGUGUAAAUGCUAAAUUUGGCUUUGACUUCCCAGUAGUUGUGUUUUGGGGCCUGCUUUCAGUCACCACCAUCUGCUUUAACACCCAUUUACACAUUACAUUACUGUAAAUGUUUGCGCUUGGCAUUGAUACAGUUGAAGUCGGAAGUUUACAUACACUUAGGUUGGAGUCAUUAAAACUUGUUUUUCAAACACUCCACAAAUUUCUUGUUAACAAACUAUAGUUUUGGCAAGUCGGUUAGGACAUCUACUUUGUGCAUGACACAAGUAAUUUUUCCAGCAAUUGUUUACAGACAGAUUAUUUCAUUUAUAAUUCACUUGAUCACAAUUCCAGUGGGUCAGAAGUUUACAUACACUAAGUUGACUGUGCCUUUAAACAGCUUGGAAAAUUCCAGAAAAUGAUGUCAUGGCUUUAGAAGCUUCUGAUAGGUUAAUUGACAUCAUUUGAGUCAAUUGGAGGUGUACCUGUGGAUGUAUUUCAAGGCCUACCUUCAUACUCAGUGCCUCUUUGCUUGACAUCAUGGGAAAAUCAAAAGAAAUCAACCAAGACCUGUACAAACAAUAGUACGCAAGUAUAAACACCAUGGGACCACGCAGCCGUCAUACCGCUCAGGAAGGAGACACAUUCUGUCUCCUAGAGAUUAACGUACUUUGGUGCGAAAAGUGCAAAUCAAUCCCAGAACAACAGCAAAGGACCUUGUGAAGAUGCUGGAGGAAACAAACGUAUCUAUAUCCACAGUAAAACAAGUCCUAUAUUAACAUAACCUGAAAGGCCGCUCAGCAAGGAAGAAGCCACUGCUCCGAAACCGCCAUAAAAAAGCCAGACUACGGUUUGCAACUGCACAUGGGCACAAAGAUCGUACUUUUUGGAGAAAUGUCCUCUGGUCUGAUGAAACAAAAAUAGAACUGUUUGGCCAUAAUGACCAUCGUUAUGUUUGGAGGAAAAAGGGGGACCUUGCAAGCCGAAGUACACCAUCCCAACCGUGAAGCACGGGGGUGGCAGCAUCAUGCUGUGGGGGUGCUUUUCUGCAGGAGGGACUGGUGCACUUCACAAAAUAGAUGGCAUCAUGAGGAAGGAAAAUUAUGUGGAUAUAUUGAAGCAACAUCUCAAGACAUCAGUCAGGAAGUUAAAGCUUGGUCGCAAAUGUGUCUUCCAAAUGGACAAAGUUGUGGCAAAAUGGCUUUGACAAAGUCAAGGUAUUGGAGUGGCCAUCACAAAGCCCUGACCUCAAUCCUAUAGAAUAUUUGUGGGCAGAACUGAAAAAUGGUGUGCGAGCAAGGAGGCCUACAAACCUGACUCAGUCACACCAGCUCUGUCAGGAGGAAUGGGCCAAAAUUCACCCAACUUAUUGUGGGAAGCUUGUGGAAGGCUACCCGAAAUGUUUCACCCAAGUUAAACAAUUUAAAGGCAAUGCUACCAAAUACUAAUUGAGUGUAUGUAAACUUCUGACCCACUGGGAAUGUGAUGAAAGAAAUAAAAGCUGAAAUAAAUAAUUCUCUCUACUAUUAUUUUGACAUUUCACAUUCUUAAAAUAAAGUGGUGAUCCUAACUGACCUAAGACAGGGAAUUUAGGAUUAAAUGUCAGGAAUUGUGAAAAACUGAGUUUAAAUGUAUUUAGCUAAGGUGUAUGUAAACUUCCGACUUCAACUGUAUAUCUUAGAUAGGUAGUCCAUUCCAGUCAUUGGCCUGCCUUGUCCAGGAUCACACUGGAUGAUCUAUGGUUAGCCUACUCUUUUGUUCAGGUUGCCAGGGUGAUUUCUUAUGUUUGGAAUCUGUAUGGUUGUUUUCCAGUGCAAUGGACCAUAUAUUAGGUUGCCAGGUUUUAGUUAGCAACCACAUUGCUAGGCUUCAUUAUUGUGUAUUUAUCAGGUUUCUGCUAAGACGCUGGUCUGAACACAACACAUUUUCUCAGGCAUGUCUGCAUCGCCAAGGCUCACUGGCAAAUCUAUGCGAAGGAAUCUAACCAAUGGGCAGAAUGUUUUAAUUUGGUUACCAAGAGAUAAAACUGUACUGUGAUGCACUGUGGUGAUACACCCAGAAUGUACAGCAUGAGGGGAGAAGACUCUUACUCAUAGCUAUGUCAUCAUAUCAUCAUAUAAAGGUAGAGGGAUGGGCAUAUCUGACAGAUAUCUAAUUAUAAGAUCAUACUGUUGACUUCUUGCAUCUUGCACUGUGAAUAAAAGGGGGUAAUUAAAUCUUGUGUUUUCUCAUUAGUCUUUGUUGGGUUUAAUCUCUGGUAAUCAACUAAGACCCUUGGGUCUAUCUUCUUUCAUUAUUAAUCUACAUGAGCUACUAACAGAUUGAUACAGUACUGUAGGCUACAUCUGUGUUUUGCAGCAUUGGUCCCACACUGGUCUAGUUCCGGGAGCCGUUUUCUGGUUUCGGUCACCUUGCCUUGUUAUCAUCAUAACCAAUAAAAUGUAUAUUACAGCUGUGAUCAUAAAAGCCUUUCUCUCAGUCCACCACCCAUCCUAUCAGAUAACUCUGUAUUUAUUCAAUCCACUCCCUCAUACCACAUGUACCACUUGUGUGAGGAAGGGGAUGUACGUGUGUGUGUGUGUGUGUGUGUGUGUGUGUGUGUGUGUGUGUGUGUGUGUGUGUGUGUGUGUGUGUGUAUGUGAUGAAAGAGUCUGUGCAUACAAGUGUGUUCUCUAUCUCAAAUACGGAUGGCCAUUAUGUUCGGCCUCGACAGGUGUGUGUGUGUGUGCUCUCUGGUCAUUUUUCAUCUGUAAAUGGGUUUUGGUUACCAAGCGACAGAGCCAUUAGGUCACACGAGGCAAUGUACACUCUGGUGUGUACGGUGUGUUCCUGGAAAAUAAUUGAAUCACAAACAGAAUCAGAUAUUCGUUUUGGUUUCCCCCCCACUUCCUCCUGCAUCUCUGCUGCCUGGUACGGUAGGAGCAACACAGGGUUUGUAUAAGGCGUUAGACAACCACUGCCAUCUGCCUAAGUCGCAUCCCAAAUGGCAUCCUGUAUUGACCAGUGUCAAAAGUAGUGCACUAUGUAGGGAAUAGGAUGCCAUUUGGGAUGCAGCCCUGUUGUACAUGUAUUCCCUCUCUACUCUAGCAGGAGGAGGGAAUAGAAAAGGAUGUAUUCAGCCAAUGCAUACAGAUGAGGACCCAGCUCUGCGGCUCGGGGUAAACAGGCUGAGGCAGUAUUCUAUCAAAGGCCUCCUGCUGGGUGUGCUGCUCCUCAAGCUGCUGUGAAGCUGCCUGUGUUCUCCUCCAAACACAAAGAGACCAGAGCAGAUUGGGUUUAACAGCACCGUGGACAGGCGUCAGCACAACACGCUAAGAUAAAUAAGACGCUGAGUCCUCUUUGAAGAGACGGGUAAUGAACUUGGAUAAACACAACACUGACCUAUUACGUGAUGCAGUGAGUGGCAUUUGAGGUACGUCAGUAAGAGGAUGAUUGUGUACUUGUCUUUUGUCACGCUUAUGACGUGAUGCACCUUUGUAUGUCUUUGUGACACAACUGGAAUGGUGAUCUCAGCUAAAGCUAAAGCAAACGCCACAAUGACUUUUCAUCACGAAGCUCAAACACUGAACUCUUUUGGUAUUUAGAUUCCAGUGCUUUUGCAGAUUGGAAUGCAUGCUGUAAACCAGGGCUAUUCAACUGCAUUCCUGGAGGGCCCAAACACGUCUGUUUUUUGAUAGUUCAAUUCAUUCAUCAGUCUCAGGUCUAUGUCAUCUCUGAUUAUAGGGGGAAAAUGAACACCAGAAGAGUAACUGGCCUCGAAGGCCAAGGUUUAAGACUUUUGGUUGAGACCACAGGCUUUGACUCCCUAACCUUUGACCUUAACAUAACAGGUCUGUUUCUCUGUUUCAGUAUUGCAGGUUUGGGGUGUUUUGCAGAGUGUGUAUGGGGCACAUGAAGCUCAUGACUGUAUGUUUGUAGUGUUAUCUGUUUCUGUAGGGGCAGAGUCCAACACCUCAACUCCUGGCACACAUGGCAGCUCUGGGCCCACAGAUACAUCCAUGACCCCAGGAGAUAGAUCCACCACCCUCUUAUCCACAAAGACCCCAGUCUCCACUGAACCCAUCUCCACCACCACAGACAGAGCCACCACCACCAUCCAGGACCCCUCAACUGUCCUCACUAGCACUGAGGGCACCUCACCCACAACAGCAGCCAUCUCUAAAACUGAAGAGGUCUCUACUACAACAGACCGGACCUCAAAUUCUGAUACGACAGAGUCUACACGAGCAGUCAGCACCACUGCGACAGAAACCAUAACUAUCUCGUCAGUCAGCAUAGCAGAGAUUACUUCCUCCCACAAGACCACAGCGUACACUGUCACUUCCCCUGAGUCGACGGAAAAAGACAGUCCAUCUACAGACAGCGGCACGACACCACCUGACCUUAGCAGAGGUGUCUCUCUGUCUACCACGGAACAUAACGGAACCUCCUCCUCUGUCACCACUGAGACAGGCCGUACCUCAGCUGAUGUCCCCACAGAGUCAAACACAACUCCAGACAUUGUCCCAACCAGCAGCACCAAAGAGCCAGGCAAACAUGAAACAACAGCUAUCAAUACAGCUACCACAGAUACAGGUACCAAAGACAGUGAGAUCACAGGUACAGGGAUCACAAAGACCACCAUCCCACCAACUGGUCAGACCUCUCUCCCAGUAACAGAGGGUAGUACCCUGUCUUCUACACACUCCGCCGCUACUACAAAGGGCCCUGAGACCUCUCUCCCAGUAUCACAUAGUACCCUGCCCUCUUCCUCGACCAGCGCCAAUACAGAGGGCUCCCAGAUCCCCACUACAAAGGGCCCUGAGACCUCUUUCCCAGCAUUCCAUAGUACCCUGCCCUCUUCCUCGACCAGCGCCAAUACAGAGGGCUCCCAGAUCCCCACUACAAAGGGCAAUGUGACCUCUCUCCCAGCAUUCCAUAGUACCCUGCCCUCUUCCUCGACCAGCGCCAAUACAGAGGGCUCCCAGAUCCCCACUACAAAAGGCAAUGUGACCUCUCUCCCAGUAUUCCAUAGUACCCUGCCCUCUUCCUCGACCAGCGCCAAUACAGAGGGCUCCCAGAUCCCCACUACAAAAGGCAAUGUGACCUCUCUCCCAGCAUUCCAUAGUACCUUGCCCUCUUCCUUGACCACCGCCAAUACAGAUGGCUCCCAGACCCCCACUACAAAGGGCAAUGUGACCUCUCUCCCAGCAUUCCAUAGCACCUUGCCCUCUUCCUCGACCACUGCCAAUACAGAGGGCUCCCAGGUCCCCACUACAAAGGGCCCUGAGACCUCUCUCCCAGUAUUCCAUAGUACCUUGCCCUCUUCCUUGACCACCGCCAAUACAGAUGGCUCCCAGGUCCCCAUUACAAAGGGCAAUGUGACCUCUCUCCCAGCAUUCCAUAGUACCUUGCCCUCUUCCUUGACCACCGCCAAUACAGAUGGCUCCCAGGUCCCCAUUACAAAGGGCAAUGUGACCUCUCUCCCAGCAUUCCAUAGCACCCUGCCCUCUUCCUCGACCACUGCCAAUACAGAGGGCUCCCAGGUCCCCACUACAAACGGCAAUGUGACCUCUCUCCCAGUAUUCCAUAGUACCUUGCCCUCUUUCUCGACCACCGCCAAUACAGAGGGCUCCCAGACCCCCACUACAAAGGGCGCUGUGACCUCUCUCCCAAUGACAGAUAGCACCCCGUCCUCAACCCCCACCGAUACCAUUACAGGGAGCCCUCAUACAGACAAAACCAAUGGAACAGAGGGGACUACCGAUUCUACAACCACAACUGGCACUCCAGCCUCGCCCCCCACCUCCAGCCCACCCUCUCCAGGCUCAACCCAAACCCCAGGCAGCAGCACUGCUGCCCCCAUAGACACCUCCACCACCACCCCUGCCCCCUCACCCACCAUCACACCUACAGGAGGUACGCUUCAAGAUUUCAUUGUCCGGGUCAUUUGUUGUAAACAUGAUUGUGUCUGUGUUAUAUCUGAAGGAGGACUAAAUUGAAUGCAGCAAACUGAUUAAAAACAAAUAUAUUAUCUUCACUGUGAGAUGUUAAUCAAUGUUGAAGCUUCCUUUCUAAUUUGAUCUUUGUCAUGUCUUCUUUCCUUCUUUUUUUUUUACCACAGAAACUCCUGGACAACCAACUAGCAAAACUAGUGAGAGCCCACUUCCUCCUUUCCACACCUCCACCUCCCCUAUUGGUGGAAGCACCACCCAGCCAGAGUCAGCCAUCACUGCUGCCACCUCCCUGCCUCCACCAAUCUCCAUAGUGUGUCCCUCCACUCCCUGUCCAUACAAUAGCAUCUGUCUCAGUGGCACCUGCCAGUGUGUGUCUGGGACCUUCCUCUUAGAGGGCAGCUGUGUACCAGGUUAGUGCUAGUUGUUAGUGUUAUAAUGAAGACAAUGAUGGUGAUGAUGCUGAGGAUGAUGCUGAUAAUGGCGAUGGUGGUGGGGAUGAUGGUGAUGAUAUUUUCCCCUUCAUUUUCAGCCCAAGUGUUCUCUGGAGAACUACAUUUCAGCCAGACAUUUCAGGUAGAAAUGAGCAACCGGUCAUCAGUGAUAUUUCAGCAAACAGCAGCCAAGAUCUCAGAUGCAGUAGGUCCUUCAGUCACAAAGCCCAGUAGUUACAACGUAUUCUCCUCUCAGAGCUACAGAGGGGGACAAUAAUCCUCUCUUAUCUUAUCUUAUUUUUAGCUGAGAGGAGCCUUGGAAAACAUGUCUGGAUACAACCAAACUGAUGUUGUGCUGCUUAGGUAAGAUUCUCUACGCUACAUUGUCAAGAAUGGUUGUUAUCCAAUGUAUAUCCCACUGGGCACAGACAUAAUUUCAACAUCUUUUCCACAACGUUGAUUCAACCAGUGUGUGCCCAGUGGGAUUUGUUGUGAUGACCAGGACAUUGGUUUGACCAUACAUUUUAUCAGCUGGUUUAUAAUCGUGAUUAUGUAUGGUCUUUGUGACCCUACAGGCAAGGCAGUGUGAUAGCGACCGUGAACAACGUGUUUAAACUAGGUUCCAGUGCCACCCAGACUUCGACCGUUGCCGCUAUAGAGAAAGCCAUACAAGUAUGUGGGACGACCUGUGGGACUGUACUGGACAGAGCUACAUUUACCGGUGGGUACUGUGUAUUACUGUUCACCCUGUGUAGAAGGAGUGACCAGCAGGGAGAUUCUUACUACCUGAGAGCUUUAACCAUACUUUCUAUUCAUUAAAAUAAUAGGUAGAUAGGUACUCUAUUAUACCAGAGGGAGAAUGUAAUGGCAAAGAACAGUAGACUAAAAUACUGACAUUCUUGUACUUCUGUAGACAUAAAACAAAGUGCCAUAAAACAGGAAGUACCAUUACAUAGUGUCAUUAUCCUGACUGGAGUGUGUCCCUGUCCUUUUCCCAGCCACCAACCUAUGUGAUCAGACCCCCCUACCGUGUGAUGUCCCCUCUACUACUUGUGAGUACAAAGAUGGAGUGACCAGAUGCUUCUGUAAAGCUGGCUACAUCAACAGCCUCUACUCAAACCGCAGCUGCACAGGUGAGUACAAACCUGUCUCUUAUGGGUUUAUGCUCAUUGAAAGGUUAUUCGAGAUAGGAGUCGUGAUUAUAUAUAUUAGUAGUCUUUGUGUUUGUACGUACUGAGUGCAUUGGAAUGUUACACAAGAUACAAGUUAACAGCUUAGCUACCGUAUAAUGGAGCUGCUGAAUACAUUCCAUUUCAUAGAGAGAGAUGAGCAAAGGAGAUACAAACAGACAGACAGAGGCAGACUCAGAGCAAGGUCAAGUACACUUGGCUUAGCUUCAGUGUGAACAAAAUGGGAAAGUUACCAUCAAAAGAAUGCAUUUGCGUUCAUUAAAAUACUUUUGUGUGUCUGUGUGUGAGAGAGAGAGAGAGAGAGAGAGAGAGAGAGAGAGAGAGAGAGAGAGAGAGAGAGAGAGAGAGAGAGAGAGAGAGAGAGAGAGAGAGAGAGAGAGAGGAGAGAGAGAGAGAGAGAGAGAGAGUCAAGUUCUGUGUAGAUGUUUCUCCUCUCUGACCCAUGGCACUAUAUAUCUCUUUAAUGUAUUUGUCUGCAAAGGGGGCGUUGCCCUGGAAACCAGUUGAAGAAUCAUGGUCACUAUCUGCCGAGCCAGGGGCUGGAUUAGUUUUGUCCAGCAGGGCAGUUAUUGGAUGGGGAGAACUACUAAACAAUAAGUAAUGUAGAUGACCGUACUCCCCACGGCCCCAUGGUAAACUACACAUACUGUGUAGCCUGUUCCUCAAAUCUAAAAUGGUACAUGCUGAUGUUACAGCAUAUAGCAUCUUCUCUAAGAGCAAGUGUUUGUUAUGUGGCUUAUUCAGCUAAUUUAUUGAGCAAACAUUGGUGAGCUUCUCCUGGUCUCCUCUGUGAUAGCGGAGCUACAGUACACAGAGUGGGUGAUAAGAUCACAGUGUUCCCAUGUUAGUUCCUCUCUGUGACACUGUGACAUCACUGUCUCCAUAGAGAUCCUAUAAUUCACAUUGUUCUAUAUUUAUAUUUGGCUGUCUCUCUCAUGUUUCCUCUUUCUCCAUAGCCUGUCCCAGUGGUCAAAGGGCAGAGGGAGACACAUGUGUGCCGUGAGUAUUUUAAUUUAAUCUCUUUUUGUUUGGUUGAGACAGGCAGAGUUCCCUUGUUGAAAUUGCAUUAAAGCAUAGUAGAUAGCUGCAAAUAACUAGCGCCCCCUUGUGCCCUUACUGUGUAAUUGCACCAGGAACUACUGUGACCUAAGACAAUGUAUUGUGGUUAGAUUAUAUGAAAUGUGUAUCAUGUUUGCUAUUAUUGUUCUAUUCCAGAUGCCCGUUUGGCUACGCUGGAUUCAACUGCACUGACUGUAAGUUGCACUAAAGCUCCUCUUUCUUAACCAAAUGGGUCCAGAGAUUUUAUAAAAGUUAGUGUGGUGUUUGUAUUUCCAAGUUAUCUGAAGUGUGUUCGUGUGUUCUCUCUCUAUGUAGCGGCUCUGUUGGCAGUGGUGGUCAUCGCCUGUGUACUGGGGGGAGUCCUUAUCAUCAUGCUGCUGGCCCUGUUUGCGUACUGCUGCUGGUAAGAAUAUAAAACCCUCCCCUCCCCUCCCGUCCCGUCCCGUCCCCUCCCCUCCCCUCCCCUCCCCUCCCCUCCCCUCCCCUCCCUCCCUCCCUCCCUCCUCUCCUCUCCUCUCCUCUCCUCUCCUCUCCUCUCCUCUCCUCUCCUAACCAUUACUCUUAGCUGCACCCCUGGUUCUACACCAACCCUACAAAAUCUUGACGUUAUUUCUCUCACCAAAUUGUAUCAUCAGAUAGACUUACAGAUAUAGGGCUGUACAUUCACAUUGUCCUAUCUGUGUGUCUCGGAGGUGCCGGUCGCAGUCGGUGAAUAAGCCUUCAGCAGACUUCAGCAGCCCGUACCCUGUGGAGGACUUCCAGGGCCCCUGGUCCACCACCCAAGGCAUCACCCCGAUCCCCCGAGCCAACACCAACUGGGACUCAGCCCCCAUGGAGAUGACCGAGGGGGGUGGAACACACGACAAGAAUCCCCACACCAACGGAGCGGUGAGUCACUUGUGAUUAAGCCUGUAUUCUUCUGGCCUAAUGUAUUCUAGACCAUAUGGAGACUUAUUGCUAGAUAAACCUCUCGCUUGUACAUUGCCCCAAAUUGUAAUUGUCCUGUCUGCUUUCCUCUCACUGCGUUUGUCCUCUGGAAACCUAAUACGCUAACUCCAAGAUCUUCUCUGUCUUGUGUAACAUAUUUAAGAUGCUUUGAGAUUUUAACUCCUUAAAUGCUGUGUGGUGCUUGUUAUUUAACUCCUAUAUUACGUGCGUAAAUCGUAUGUAAUAUUUGAGUUGCUUGUUGUGCUAUAACUGUAGCUGUCGUAGUGGAGAGUUAAUGUUUGCUAGUGUUUAUGUUAGCGAGUUAGUUAGCAUGUAUGUGUUCCUUCCCUUCCUUGCCUGACUCCCAGUGUGUUGCUUUAGGGAUUCCACAUCAUGCAUAAACGGGGGAAGAAGGUAAGGUUCUAAGUCUAGUAAUGCUUUGCUUUCCCUCUCCUUACUAAUCAAGCCUAUAACCUAUGCUCAUGAUUUUACUAAACCUUUGACCUGGUGAUGGGAAAGAUUGAAACUUAAUGAACGCUUGGUGGAAUAGUCAAUAGCUUCCAAUACCUUAUGUGAUCCACCAUUUGGUUUAUGAGGAAAAUAACUCUUAUUGGGUUUCAAUAGUUCAAAAUAUACCGGGAACACAAGCGUUCAUGAAUGGUCAGUUUUGUCAUCUUAAUUUCAUGUAUGUUGCUGUUUGAUUUGUGUGUUUGUGUGUGUGUCUGCAUGUGUCUGUGUGUGUGCAUGUGUGUCUGCGUGUUCUCUGACAUUCCCGCCUGUCAAUGUUUCAGACCGGGUCGUAUGACCUGUCCUCAGACAGCAUGAACACGUUCAAGGGGAAGAACCAGUCUCGCUACUCCUACCUGGUGCAGGGCCACGAGAACCCUUACUUCAUACCUGCAGAAGAGAGGAGACCCGUAUGAGAACCUCAGUGACGUCUGGAGACAAGGACCCGUAUUCACAAAGCAUCUUAGAGCAGAAAUACUGAUCUAGGAUCAUUUUUGCCUUCUUAAAUCAUAAUGACUAAAAAGGGAAGACCUGAUCCUAGAUCAGCACUCCUACUCUGAGAUGCU